AUGUCUCUGAAGGCUAUCAUGUGCUUAGAUCAGUGGUUCUCAACCAGACACGGUCAAAAGGUGGUCUACCUGGGUUCAGCGUUCAUACAGGAGGCUCUUAGGCAAGCCAUUGAGCUGACUGAUUUUGCUUAUGCGCGCACAAAUGAGAGAGUUAAGACGUCCCUGUCGGAGGGCUCGCUGAGACCCAGUGACCUGCUGGCCCAGUUCAAGCAGACGGGGCCCCAGACCAGAGCCCACAUCAGGGCAGCAGAGGUGCUGGACAACACCGUGGAGCUCAUAAGGGAGAUGGUCUACACACACACCAUGGCCAUGCCCAAUCUUACUGAGCUGUUAAGCGCACAGGACUUUGAGACACUCCUGCAGGCAUCAGGCUGCUCCUCAGAGACACGGAGACCUGUGUGUGAGACAGACUGUCUGUCUGACCGCUAUCGCUCAUUCACAGGACAGUGCAAUAACAGACAGUACCCAUUAUGGGGGGCUGCCAACACCCCCUACAACCGCUGGCUGCCCCCUGAGUAUGAAGACACCCUCGGCGCCCCUAGAGGCUGGGACCCUCAGCGCAGCUACAACAACUUCACCCUGCCCCCAGUGCGGUGUGUGUCUCACAGUGUGCUGUACACCCACAACGAGAACAUCUCCCUGGACUCGUCCCUGUCGCACCUGCUGGUGGAGUGGGGCCAGUGGAUCGACCAUGACCUGGUGCUGACCCCACAGACGCCCAGCACGGCCGCCUUCAAGACCGGCGCAGACUGCAGCCGCACCUGCAGCCGAGACACGCCUUGCUUCCCCAUAGAGAUCCCUCUCUCCGACCCCCGUACCGGUAUCCAGAGCUGCAUGCCCUUCUUCCGCUCGGCUCCCAGUUGCGUCGGGGGCGUGUCUCCGCCGCCACAGCGCCACAGAGAACAGCUGAACGCCAUCACCUCAUUCGUCGACGCCAGCAUGGUGUACGGCAGCUCCGACCAAUCAGCCGCCGAGCUCCGGAACCUGUCGUCCCCUCUGGGCCUGCUGGCUCUCAACCCCCAGCACUCAGACCAGGGGCUCGGCAUGAUGCCCUUCCUGCCCAGGAAGCAGGCUCACCUGGACCCCUGCGGCCCUCGCACUGGCCGCAACACCUCAGGGGCAGAGACGCCUGCAGACCACAACAUGACCUCCUGUUUCCAGGCAGGUGACUCGCGGGCUAAUGAGCACCUGGGCAUGAUCGCCCUGCACGCGUUGUUUCUGCGCGAGCACAACCGUCUGGCCCGUGAGCUGAAGCGGCUGAACCCUCACUGGUCCCCCGACACACUCUACCAGGAGGCCCGCAAGAUCAUGGGGGCCACCCACCAGAUUCUGACCUGGGAGCACUAUUUGCCUCGUGUGUUGGGGGAUGAGGUAAACUCUCAGCUCAUUCCUCCAUACGAGGGCUACGUCCCCCAGGUGAACCCCAGCAUCGCCAACGUCUUUGCGGCCGCUGCUUUUCGCUUCGCCCACGUGACGGUGCAGCCGGUGGUGACCCGCCUCGGCCCAGGGUACCAGCCCAGCCCACGGCACCCAACACUGCCCCUCCACCACUCCCUCUUCGCCUCAUGGAGGGUCAUUCAGGAGGGUGGGGUUGACCCGGUGUUGCGUGGGUUGCUGCUGUCCCCAGCCAAGUUGCAGGUCUCUGACCAGAUGAUGGUGGAGGAGCUAACCGAACGACUCUUCCAGGCUCAGGGGGGCCUGCCCUUCGACCUGGGGGCCCUAAACCUCCAGAGAGGCAGGGACCAUGGACUACCUGGCUACAGCAUGUGGAGGAGGCUCUGUGGCCUGUCUGACCCCGUCUCCGAGUCUGACCUGGCAGCCAUCAUGGCUAAUCCCACGCUGGCUCAGAAGCUGCUGGCGCUGUACAGCACGCCCCAGAACAUCGACGUGUGGGUGGGGGCCAUCUCGGAGCCGCCCCUCCCCGGGGGCCGCGUGGGGCCCCUGCUGGCCUGCCUGCUGGCCAAGCAGUUCAGGGCCCUCAGGGACGGGGACAGGUUCUGGUGGCAGAGGAAGGGAAUGUUCAGCCGUGCACAGAGGUCAUCGCUACAGAGGGUCUCUCUCUCGCGCAUCAUCUGCGACAACACACACAUCCAGCUGGUGCCGCCCGACCCGUUUACACGCACACUCCGCACAGAGGACCUCCUGCCCUGCGCCCACCCCCUCAUACCCCCCCUCAACCUCAGCGCCUGGAGGGAACCCGACUCAGGCAGAUCCCACAUGUGGCACCGUUCCCCGUAUCCAUCCCGGCUACUCGCUGCUCUGUGACAACGCUGUUCUGUACCAGUGUCCCGGCGGAUUCAUCCUCGUCGGCCCCUCCCAAGUCAACUGUGACCCACACACCCAGCAGUGGACACCAGCACCCCCUACCUGCCAAGAUGUGGAUGAGUGUGCGUUUAGUCCCUCAGUCUGUCCACAGAACACAGAGUGCCACAAUACACCUGGCUCCUUUACCUGCACAG